AUGGAUAUCUGUCAUCCUCAAUUUACCCAGCCAAGAGUGGUGAAUGCUGACUUUGAUGACGUGGAUGGCGAUUUCCGUCAAUUGGGAUAUUUCAGCGGAAAGGUACUGGACAGCCUGACACUAACAGCCGUCACCGACGACUGGAAAAUCUUCUCGCCUGUCACGCCUGAAAUCACUCAAGAUGGUCAACCAGCACCAAGUGCAGCAUCACAGCGAUCCUCAUUCGACGCAAAGUUAAGUGAGCACCACGAGCCGCCUCUCGGUGCGGCCGUGCCUCUUGGUGAAAUUGAUGCUGAGGCGGACCCGUUGCCGCCUCAGAGCUCGCAGUCCCAGGACGUAGAGGCAUCUGUCCAUGUCAAUACUCAGACCCUUGAUCCCACGCCAAAGACAGACGGCGAGGCAACUUGGGCCGUUGAAGUAGCCGACGAUAAUAUUCCGCCCCAUGAGCGCCAUGCUUCCUUGGACUCUUUCCUGUCGGCUAACUCUGCCUUCAAUGCGAGAAUGGCUCGCCACUUGGCAUCAUCGGACAUCGGCGAGUCAGAACCCUCACAGGAUACCUCUGUUUGGAGUAGCAUCGGUAGCGCCCUCGACGACGGCGACGGCGACGGCGACUAUAAGCUCUCGGGUGACACUGAACCGGCUGGGGUGUGGUCACGACCUUGGGCGCCGCAAGAAUGA